GAUCCCAUAACUUUACCAGAAUGUCUAUAAAAUGUGUAAAAUAAAAUGUCAGAUAUCCUUUUUGUACAAUAAACUAGAAUACUAAAAAAGGAAUUUGUUCAAUAAGUGAAGAUGUCCAGUGCUUAACUAAAUAUUACACAAUUUUUGCAUUAUACAGCGUUCUACAUCUUCCAUAUCUAAACAUUAUUUGUUAAUAAUUUAAUGUUUAAAAUAGUUUAGGCAAAGAUGCGAACACUGCAAUCAAAAAGUACAAAAUCCUCAAUCAGGUGCAAUGCAUGCAGUGGUGACAUAGUCGUCCAAUAACAUGAUGCCGACAUAGUUCAACAUUCACCGUCAUGCGCAAUAGCAGAAUGCAGUCGACGCCGGAACGAUGGCCGUCGAUAAUUUUCUCUUUGGCCAGUGCAUCCUUUAUUUUUUAGCAUUUCUUUUCGGUUUUAUCGCCGUCGUGCCGCUCUCUGAAAACGGCGAUGACUUUCAGGGGAAAUGCCUGCUGUUUACUGAGGGAAUGUGGCAAAAUGAGAACAUGACGAUGGGUAAACAGCGCUUUAUAGUUGAAGAAUGGGGACCAGAGUCGUCCUGCCGCUUCAUCACUUUCGUGGGCAUCGUGUCUCUCAUCCUCUCUGCUGUACAGGCGUGGCGGACCUUUUUCUUCCUCUGCAAAGGCCACGACGACUCUCUUUUUCAUGCCUUCUUGAAUCUUCUCCUGUCCCUCUUGGUGGUUUUUGUAGUGUUUGUGGCCGGUACUAUCUCCAGUGUUGGCUUCAGUGGAUGGUGUGAUGCUAUCACUGAAAAUGGGGCCAUGCCCAGCAGUUGUGAGGAUCUGCAAGACACGGAUUUAGAGCUCGGUGUUGACAACUCCUCCUUUUAUGACCAGUUUGCCAUUGCACAGUUUGGCCUGUGGUCGACCUGGUUAUGCUGGCUGGGUCUAACAGUGCUAGCCUUCCUGAAGGUUUACCAUAACCACCGACAGCAGGAGCUGCUGGACAGUCUAGUUCAAGAAAAGGAGCUGCUGCUAGGUCAUCCUUUACAGAGGAGUUCUUAUAUGUACAACAGGAACGCCAUGAUUUAAACAAACAUAUCUCACGUAGUCCAUUUACACUGCAUGAGCUAGUUUCUGAGAGCAAAAUUAAGCCCUCAAGAUAAACAUUUUUUAUAAACCUCUAUCAAACAUUAGAUAUGAAUCUUAGUUAUUAGAAUCUUUACAAACUUUGUUCAUGUUUAAAUAAAUGGUCAUAGAACGCAAGGCUGAUUCCAGAGUUAAAUUGUUUCCUUUGUUGUUCUUUAGACAGCAUCCUGACAGAAUUCACUUCAAGCUACCAGGAAUUAUCACGUUCAUAUACACUCUUAUUUUUUACAUUAUAGGACAUAUGAAGACACUGCCUCUCAUGAGAAGGCAGCUGUAGAUUUAUGAGACUCAGUAAAGCGUAAAUGAGGCCCCUCUCUUUGAGCAGAUGUCACAGCUUCACAAGUUCACUCAGAUGUGAAAUGUAAAGUCUGAUUCAAAUAGAAACUAUACUGCCUUUACUGUACAUGGGAAUAGAAUCAGAAAUAAUAUGGAAUAAUGGCUCUUUAUGCUGGCUUUAUUUUCUUACCUAAAGGACUAGAGUUUAUCCUCACUUUUAUACAGUAUUUUUAUUUUUGCCAACACACACUAGAUAGUCAAAAUACUUGAUUGCUUCUCUCUUAUUAUUGCUGGUCCCUUAUGUUAUAACUUAUUUAAAAAAAAAAUGUGAAACCUCUAAAAUUUGUGGUAGCCUACUGUUUUUAAAUGCAACUGGAAUUGUUAUCCUUGCUGAUUAUUAGGCACCUGUUUUCUGUUAUAAAGCUCAAACAUCUUAAAUAAUAAUCAGCAAUACCAUUUUUUUUUUCAUACUGAUUAUUAUGUAAAGCUGUGCUGGCUUCUAGGCAUGUGCCAGUGCAACCCACCAUUCAUCAUGUGUAUGGAUUUGCAGUUUCAUUGUCUCUAUCUCCACCAAGUGGCUGAAAAAUAAAAUUGCUACACAUACAGCUAAA